ACGGGUGAUAAAGCAAGAUGGCGUCUGACGGAGAAGUCCUAAACGCGGGCAUUAUAUUUCUGUAUUCUUACAUAUAUGUUGUUUAAUAGAGUACACACGGUUAAUAAUUGUUUGUAGCCGGAUACAUUAGUCUGAGCGCACUUUGACACUUCUCCGGUUGGCUAACUUCAUUUAAGUUAGUUUGCAGCUAUUUUAGCUGGCUAGUUAGCUUAGCUUGUUAGCUGCUAACAAAGAGACGCGGAAGUUAUUUAAACAUCGCUAAGUAGGGAACUAAUGUGAGUGUAAAGUGUUGUGAUUGUAUGACAAUGUGCGAAAGAACGAUAUCAAAGUACGAGGAGGAACUUUGUCCAACAAAAGAGGAGGACGAGCGACAACAUCAACUACUGGAUGUUUAUUAUAAGAAACAUCAAGUUGUGUUACACAGAACAGUUGUGUUACACAGAACAGGUUUACUCCGGCUUCCUCCCACUUCCAAAGACAUGCACCUGGGGAUAGGUUGAUUGCGACCCCGAAAGGGAAUAAGCGGUAGAAAAUGGAUGGUUGGAUGGAGAUGUCUGUAAAGAACAAUUUCUGUCCGAAAAACAGGAGUGUAGCUUCAAGAUGGUGAAGGAAGAGCCUUCAAAGAGGACGACCAGGUGCCACGGACCCUCUGGCGUCUCCUUUUCCUCUUUGACACAGACCCUUUCCUGUAAAAAGGAAGAGGAAGACUCACUGACCCCCCACAUUAAAGAGGAAGAAGAGGAACACAGCAUCAGUCAGGAGGGAGACAAUCUUGAAGGACUGGUGGAGUUCCCAGUGAUUUGUGUUCAGGUUAAAAGUGAAGAUGAUGAGGUCAAAGGUGACAGUGAGGAGAAGAGGGAGGCGAAGCCUCCAAGCAGCAGCUCAACACAACACAUGACAACAGAAACUGAUGGAGACCACUGUGGAGGAUCACAAGCAGACAAGCUCUUAGCUCCACUAUCAGAUAGUGAGGACACAACGUCACACUCUCCUGACACUGAUGAUGAAGACUCUAAAGAUGAUAAGACAUGUCACACUGACAACACUCACUUCAAAUGUUCUCACUGUGACCAAACAUUUAAAAACCAUAGUCAUCUGAAAAGACACAUGAGAACACACACUGGAGAUAAACCUUUUUCUUGUUCAAUCUGUGGCUUAUCUUUUACAAGGAAGGACAAUAUGAAAGAUCACACAAGAACACAUAAAGGAGAAAAACCUUUUUCAUGUUCUUUGUGUGAUUCGAGGUAUGCACGUAGUCGAGAUUUGAAAAAACACCUGAGAAGACACACUGGAGAAAACCUUUUUAAGUGUUCUUUGUGUAAUUCAAGUUUUGUCGAAGACGAACAUUUGAAAAGACACAUGAAAACUCACACUGGAGAAAAACCUUUUACCUGUUCACUUUGUAGUAAAGGUUUUGCACAAAGUCACAAUUUAAAAGUACACAUGAGGACACACACUGGUGAAAAACCUUUUUCCUGUUCAACCUGUGGUAAAGGUUUUACACACAAUCAGAGUUUGAAAGAACACAUGACAAUACACACUGGAGAAAAACCUUUUUCCUGUUCAAUUUGUGGUGAAGAUUUUGUACGUCGACAGUCUGUAAAAGUACACAUGAGAAUGCACACUGGUGAAAAACCCUUUUGUUGUUCGAUCUGUGGUAAAAGUUUUACAGAAAGUCGUUGUUUCAAUAGGCACACAAGAUCGCACACUGGUGAAAAAGCUUUUUCCUGUUCAAUCUGUGGUAAAGGUUUUACAGAAAGUCAAUAUUUGAAAGUACACGAGAAAAUACACACUGGUGAAAAACCUUUUUUCUGUUCAAUCUGUGGUAAAGGUUUUACAGAAAGUCAGAAUGUGAAAAGACAUAUGAGAACACACACUGGUGAAAAAUCACAUUCUUGUUCAAUCUGCAACAAAAGCUUUUGUGAACGAUCAUACCUUGUAGCACACAUGAGAAGACACCUAGGAGAGAAAGUGUUGAGUUGCAGUGUGUGUGGUGAAAAAUUAUCUUCUAAGUACCAGUGUAAGAAACACAAGUGUGCUGUUGAGAACAGCAGCAGCAAAUGAAACUGCAGGAUUUGAAAUAAACUGUCAAGACUUUA